AUGUGUGCCCCACCCUGGGCACUCUCACCCCGGUACCCCCGAGGGUUCCCCAAUGUGUGCCCCACCCUGGGCACUCUCACCCCGGUACCCCCGAGGGUUCCCCAAUGUGUGCCCCACCCUGGGCACUCUCACCCCGGUACCCCCGAGGGUUCCCCAAUGUGUGCCCCACCCUGGGCACUCUCACCCCGGUACCCCCGAGGGUUCCCCAAUGUGUGCCCCACCCUGGGCACUCUCACCCCGGUACCCCCGAGGGUUCCCCAAUGUGUGCCCCACCCUGGGCACUCUCACCCCGGUACCCCCGAGGGUUCCCCAAUGUGUGCCCCACCCUGGGCACUCUCACCCCGGUACCCCCGAGGGUUCCCCAAUGUGUGCCCCACCCUGGGCACUCUCACCCCGGUACCCCCGAGGGUUCCCCAAUGUGUGCCCCACCCUGGGCACUCUCACCCCGGUACCCCCGAGGGUUCCCCAAUGUGUGCCCCACCCUGGGCACUCUCACCCCGGUACCCCCGAGGGUUCCCCAAUGUGUGCCCCACCCUGGGCACUCUCACCCCGGUACCCCCGAGGGUUCCCCAAUGUGUGCCCCACCCUGGGCACUCUCACCCCGGUACCCCCGAGGGUUCCCCAAUGUGUGCCCCACCCUGGGCACUCUCACCCCGGUACCCCCGAGGGUUCCCCAAUGUGUGCCCCACCCUGGGCACUCUCACCCCGGUACCCCCGAGGGUUCCCCAAUGUGUGCCCCACCCUAGCACUCUCACCCCGGGUACCCCCGAGGGUUCCCCAAUGUGUGCCCCACCCUGGGCACUCUCACCCCGGUACCCCCGAGGGUUCCCCAAUGUGUGCCCCACCCUGGGCACUCUCACCCCGGUACCCCCGAGGGUUCCCCAAUGUGUGCCCCACCCUGGGCACUCUCACCCCGGUACCCCCGAGGGUUCCCCAAUGUGUGCCCCACCCUGGGCACUCUCACCCCGGUACCCCCGAGGGUUCCCCAAUGUGUGCCCCACCCUGGGCACUCUCACCCCGGUACCCCCGAGGGUUCCCCAAUGUGUGCCCCACCCUGGGCACUCUCACCCCGGUACCCCCGAGGGUUCCCCAAUGUGUGCCCCACCCUGGGCACUCUCACCCCGGUACCCCCGAGGGUUCCCCAAUGUGUGCCCCACUCUGGGCACUGUCACCCCGGUGUCCCCGAGGGUUUUCAGGGUGAGUGCCCCACCCUGGGCACUCUCACCCCGGGUACCCCCCACACCCUCCGGCCACCCCCGAGCUCUCCCCCGGUGUGUGCCCCACGCUGAACGCUCUCACCGCGGCCACCCCCGUGCCCUCCCCGCUGCCGUACCCUGCCCAGCCGCCCUCACCUCAGCCCCGCGCCGGUCCCGCCUCACACUUUCAAACCUCGCCCCGCCCUCGCGGAUCCCUCCGCGCUCCUUCCCCUUCUCCCAGCCCCAGCGCCCCCCGCAGCCACCCGCAGCCCGGGCAGCAGCGCAGGGAGGGCGGGUGAUGGGGGUGAGCCCUCAGCGCUGCUCUGCCCCGGGGGUGCGCGGGGCUCGGCGGGGACUGCGGGGACUCUUUGAGCUGGCGGAGUGA